AUGUUCAUGAAAAGAAAUAAAGAUAAAUCCGCCUGUAUUCAUCCAUGUGUACAUACUGAAGGUUCUGCAGUAACUAUCAAUGGUCCACGUUUUUCAACUCGUUUCGAAUCAUUUGUUCAUAAGGCAAUGGGAUUGAAUAUAGUUAACAUGACAUUAGUUCCUGAAGUUUCAUUGGCUCGUGAAGCUGGUUUAUGUUAUGCUUCUAUAGCAAUUGUUACAGAUUUUGAUUGCUGA